AUGGUUAGCAGCAUGGCCGAUGAGCCUCCUUCGCCAAGUUACCAUGCAAUUUCGGAGCGGCUCCGGAAAACGACGUCAUCUGAUCUCCAAUGUCAAGUUUUCUGCGGAGGCAAAGGAUGCAAAUAUUGUGGGGGCUUCGCGUGGCCCGAGCAGCAAGCCGCAAUCAGAGGCCUUUUCUCGCAUUGGGUCACAGAUGAUAUUCUGGCUAUGUCCCGACCGACCACAAAGCUUAUUUCCCGCUACGAUAUUAUCGGCCAAUUUAAAGACAGUGGAAUCAUGGCCGUGUUCAACUUGCAAACGCCCGGGGAACACGCAUCGUGUGGACCGCCUCUCGAGCCCGAGGGGUUUUCGUACAAACCAUUGCAGCUAAUGGAAAAUCAAGUUUACUUCUAUAACUUCGCCUGGAAAGAUUACGGAACGCUUCCAAAGUGGACCAUCCUCGAUAUCGUGAAGGUUAUGGCCUUCAGCUUGAGACAGGGAAAAAUUGCGGUCCAUUGCCAUGCUGGGCUUGGAAGAACCGGCGUGCUGAUCGCCUGUUAUCUGAUAUACUGGUUACGGUGCCGAGCGAAUGACGCAAUUCGAUACGUCCGUCUCAAACGACCUGGCUCGAUUCAGACGUCGGAUCAAAUCCUAUGCGUUCAAGAAUUCGCUCAAUACGCGCUUCCUCUCUUCGUGGUCUUCCCAAGACAAAUAGACAAAAAGAAGAAGCCGUAUACACUGUGGCAGUGCCUGGAGGACCAAAACAAGGUCCUACAUGGAUUGGAACAGAGGCAUCUGCGGUACAUACCGAGAUUGGUAUACCAUUGCUGCGAGCGUUUACUUCAGCUUGCGACCCCGCUGCAAUCCCAUUCCAUAUCCGCUUCUUCGGAUGACAGCGAAAAUAUCGAGCUCGGCGAGCUCACGGCGUUCUACAACGAUUUUAUUGGUAACACCUACGACCCGACCGUUUGGAAACCAGCGACCACGCCCUCGCCGUCGACACCGGCGCCGUCAUCGGCUGCGAGUCAACAACAAUUAAACGAAGAUGACUUGAUGGUGUCCGGCCUCAAAGGUCUCCUCGAAUCAGCGGGAUUGUACUCCAACUUGGACUCUUCGGAUGGAGAUGACGAAGGCGACUCCGACGUGAGCGAAGGCGACGUUGAAGCGAGCGACGACCAACAGAGCCAGCUCGAGAAGAAUGUAAUUUAUCAGCAGCUGAUGUCCACGAAGGCGGUACGUGAAGUAGAGCAUGCAACACCAGCGGGCUGCGGACGCCUGACAAGUUCAUCCUGUUUGCACUUGCCCUUCUCGAACAAGCACAACAAAGUUUCUCCAUCGCCGUCCGGAGAUAAUGAACCGAUGGGACGCUCAUUGAAUCUACUUCAGGCUAACGGUAAUCUCUCAGACCACCGAGAUAAUGGCCUUGAAGACUCUUCGUCCGACGAAAUGCGUAUUUUUGAGAACCAACAUACGAGAAACGAACAAAACGGCCAUCAUUCGCAAGCUACGCGGAGUCGAAUGAGCGCUAAUGUGGUUGCCAAGUGCAUGCUCUUCCAGCAUAAAGACCUACAGCCUUCUUUCUGGUUAUUCGUGCAAAAGUACAAAAAGGCCCUCAACGAGAACCCAGGUGCUUGGGAACGACUCCGGAACGAGCCUAAUCCUUGUGUGGUGUCCGCGUUGCUAUGGGGUUUCCUUGAAAACAGUUUUAGCGAACCGGUUCUGACGGCGAGAGAAUUGGCUCAAAUUGUUCUCAAACCCAAUCAGCCGACAGCCGUGCUACCGGGACUCCCGAAGGGAGCUCGGAUGACGAUCGAAUAUUUGGUAAGAUUUAUCAACAAGCUCGAUGUCGACUGCGACCUUCGAAUCUGUCUCGUACAGAGACUAUGCUCCGCCUUGACCCAUCAGAAAAUGUCGUGCAAAGGCUCAUUGAUGCCGAAAAAUGUCAAGUGGCCGAAGAUGAGAGAGGGAACUGCGAAAGAGCUCGUGAACUUCAUCAACAACCUCUCAGAUAUAACAUUGGGGGCACAAUGGGAGUCGCCCUCGUCACCCGACUCCUCGGAUCACUCAUCGCUCAACAACAACACGGCGGCCUCCGUGAAGCCACAACGGAUAUCCGCGAAAGCAGUAAACAUUGUAGCCUUGGCGAUUGCGCGAUGAAUUUCUGCAUUACCACGAUGAUGCUGUGAUUCCCGUCAGGGAAAGGGAGGUAUCCGGCAGACGGAGCAUCGUACUCGGGUCUCACUUCGGACACCUCAGACCGGAGCGGAGCU